AUUACAGGAGUCACAAUGAAGGCAAUUUUCCUUGUGUCCUUGGUGUUGGUCACAUAUGGCGUACAAACGGUGCUGUCUGACUCUGAGAAUGGAUCUUCGUUACCAGAUCUUACAAGCAAUGGAUGGGCUUUAGUUGUUUGUACGGUGGCUGUUAUAAUAUUUGGAUGGCUCUGGUGUCGCUUCACAGAUGAGCCAACUGUUGAAAUAGAAAAUAAAUACUACACUGUUGAAGUAGGACAACAAGCAGAAUUGAGGUGUUCAGUGUUAGGUGCAUUUCCGUUCAUCAAAUCUGUUACCUGGGAACAUACAUCACCUGGCGGACAACCCGUACAGCUUGAUUUAGAUCUGCCUGAGUAUACAAGAUCUAAACCAGAUCACCUUAUAAUCAACAAAACAGUAAAAUCUGACGAAGGAGAAUAUGUGUGUACUGUCUCCAGUUGGUACGGGAAACGACGGAGUACAACAACUAAACUGACCCUGGUAGAAGCAUCAACAUCCUCUUGCGUCUACAAACCUGCCACGACAGCUAAAUACCCUUCGACCAAAGAAACCACCAACUAUGCCCGUAUCUGCAGACUGGUGGUGGAUGUGAUCCCUGACGUCUUCAGACAGUUACUGAUCGCCCGGCUGCCAGUAUCAGGGCUUACAUCUGUACUAAUCAAUCAAAGGGAUCAGAUUUUCAACCUGUUGAACAAUCAGCAGAAGAAGAUUAUUUACCCUCGAGGUGGAAUGUUUCAAGGAACUGCGAAGGAUUUUGACAUAUCCCUUCUUUAUAUCCUUUUAAGAAAUUUAGGAAAUAUUCAACCUCAUCGAAAAGGUUGGGGCCAGGUUCCUGAUAAAGCAGAUCGGUCGCUGUCAGCUAACAUUGACCGUCUACGCAUUCAGAGAAAUGAGGCGUACGGACAUGCUAAGUCCGCUUGUCUCUCUGAUGUGGAUUUUCAGGCGAGGUGGACUGACAUCCGCCAGAGUAUCAAAGAUCUACAGAAUGGUGGUCAUAUCACGGGGAAGUUUGUGGCGGCUGUGAAUAACAUAGAAACCAUGAGGAUGGACCCCAGUACAGAGAGCAAUUUUAUAGCUCUGGUAAAGGAGAUGGAAGGAGAAAUCAGUGAUUUCAAAGAGCGACAAGACAAGAUGACAACCGACAUGGACAACCUUAAAGGCACUGUUGAUGUUGUAAGUGGUGACGUUGGUGUUGCUAGGAGAGACAUUGAUGCUGUGAAAAAAGAUGUCAGUGACAUGAAACAAACUUCAUCCAAAACUGGAGGACGGGACCCUAAGUUGACAGCUAUGAUAGAUACAACAAAGUCUACAAUACAGACAGUAAAAGAAAGCUACCAGUUUAUUUCUACCAAAAGUCUCAAAGAUGCUCAUCAAACACUUCUGGAAAAUAAUAUCGUCGUAGUCCAGGGAAACACAGGGGACGGGAAAUCAUCUAUUGCACUUGAACUUCUUCAUUUGCUGUGCUGUGAUGAGGAGGGGCAACAGAAACAAUGUCGACAACCACUACAACUACACAACAUAAAAGACUUGGAUUUGGUGGCACCAAAGUCACAAUUAGUUAUUCAUUUUGAUGAUAUCUUGGGGAAGAAUGUUGUGUGUCAUGAAGAAGUGAAAGAAUGGGAGAAACGAGAAAAAGAAAUUAUUGCAAAACUUUGUGGAAAUGAGAGAGAGGCAAAUUAUCUGGUCAUAACAAUUCGAAGUGGAAUUUUGAAUUCUUUAAAUGGCUUCGAAAAAUUAUUUACAAAACAAAACAUUAUUGAUCUCCGCCAGUACAAAGAUAAACACGAAAAACUUGAGUUGUUAAGGUUGUAUGAACCGAAAGAUUUUAAAUGGAAAAAUGAUGAGGAGACACAGAUUGUGUCCUCGGCUCCAGACAUAGGGUUUCCGCAGUGUUGUAGACUAUUUAGGGACACACCUAGUUUACAAACACAGAGAGUCAAAUUCUUUGAAAGACCUUUUCAUUAUUUCAAAAUGUCUUUAUCAAAAUUAGAAGACGGGAAAUUUUAUGGUCUGCUGUAUCUGUUCCUCAAUGGCGGCUUGGUAAUGGAACAUGAUUUAGACCCUUCCAUUGAAAAUAUUGAUGAAAGUGAAAAAAUGAAAGCAGCAUUUGCUUUUGAUGUAGUCAAAGUUAACCCAACACCUGAGUUUGUUCACCAAACAACGAGGAAAGCUGAAUUUGUAAAGGAGUCGUUAGAGUGUUUGUUGGGUUGGUUAGUGAAAAAAGAGUCUACACAAGAUUCUGCACAUAGAGAAAUAUUUGGAGAACAUUUUCCUUUUGGAAACUAUUAUCCUUGUUACAAAUUCAACCACGACUCCAUUGAGGAAACAGUGGCACUUUUGUAUGGAGAGAAAACUCCCAUUGGCUACAUCCAGAAUUGCCCCAGAAAGUUCCUCAGUUAUGUAACUACAACAAAAAACACCCCAAACAGGAUAGUUAUCUCGUCUGAUUCUCAAACCAAUGCAAUGUAUAAACGUACAGUGACAGAGUUUAAAUCUGUUGUUUUUCAAAGGUACAUGUAUUUUAGUGAGUGUGAAUAUUUAGCUACAUUAGACGUAUGGACACACAUCCUUUUUCUACAGGGAUUUAUCAGAUGGCUAAAUGGUCAGAACGAUGACCAAAACUUAUGUCACCUGAUAAAAUGUCAGUUGUUAAAUGGAGCAUGCUCUACUGGUUCAGAAGAUCGUGUCUCAUAUCUCCUUUCUGUGGGUGUCACACCUGACAAGGAGACACUGUUUAAUGUAGUGAAGGGUGGGAGUGUACAACUACUGCGUCAACUACUGAAGUAUGACGUCAUUCCUACAGCGAGGGCACGUGAGUCACGAUCAUCACGUAAUGCUGACAAUAUCAAUGUCCUACACGAGGCGUGUUUGUUUGAGAGAAAAGAGAUGGUGACCAUAUUAUGUGACACCUAUCCAGACUUGGUACAUGAUACUGAUUACAAGGGACGAAGCACGCUCCAUCUUGUGGCACAGACAGGAAACUAUGAUAUAUUUCAGACAGUGGAGAGAAUCGUACUAAAAACCUUAUGUAAAGUUGAGGAUGUACAACAUAAGUGUGAGUCAGAAGAUGGUCGUGUGGUACAUAGGAGUUGUGUGUGUGGACAGUACAUAUCACAGUUAGUGGACAAGUCAGGAUGGACAGUAUUACAUGUUAGUUGUCUGUGUGGACACAAGGAGCUUAGUUUAGAGCUGUGUAAGUCCUUCCCAGCACUAAUCACAGCUGUAGAUAACCAAAGUAUGACAGUAUUGCAUUGGAGUUGCAUGGUUGGACGCAAGGAGCUUAGUUUAGAGCUGUGUAAGUACUUUCCAACACUAACCACAACUGUAGAUAGCUGGGGGAAGACCGUAUUACAUUAUAGUUGUAGUGGGGGACACAGCGAACUUAGUUUAUACCUGUGUAAGUCCUUCCCAGCGCUAAUCACAGCUGUAGGUAAUGACAGAAGAACAGUUUUACAUUAUAGUUGUAUGAGGGGGCACAGGGAGCUUAGUUUAGAGCUGUGUAGGUUGUAUCCAGCACUAACUACAGCUGUAGAUAAUCUCGGGUAUCACUGUCUACAUCACAUAGCCUGGGGUACAACAGAUGUAGACUGGUUCACUGAUUGUGAACGUCACGUUAAACAGUACCUAGAGACAACAGGAGGUAAGUAUGACAUCACGACCUUACUUUCUAAUGACGGUAAUUCUGUUCUAGACCUGGCGAAGGAAUGGAGGAAGUACACGAGAAACCCUUUGUAUGAUCAUCUGGUACAAGUGUUUACAAAAUAAAAGCACUAAAUAUUCACAUUACUGUACACUAACUUGUGUAACAUGAUGCCCAACAUAAAAAAGGAAAUCUCGAACCCAAAACUCCCCAAUCAACACACACAAAACAUUAUUACACUUGAUAAUACAGAUAAAAAUGUGAGAUAGUAUGUUUUCACAUAUGUCUGGUUUAUGUAUGGACUGUUGCUUAUGUAUUUAUAAGCUUAAGUCUUUAAAUGCCUUCUCGAUAGCAAACAUGCCCACAGACCCACCAAUAUGAGUGUUGUAGCAUGCUGAUAUGAAGGACUACCUAGAUUAUUCCAACAGAUGACAUUGACCUUCAUUCAAGGUCACAGGGAUCAAAACGGCUUCGGUAAAUCUACAAAUGACUUCUGAAUAAGUAAGAGGCCCAGGGACUUGAUAUUUAGCCUGUAGCAUACUGAAGUGAAUGCCAAUUUGACCUUCAUUCAAGAUCACAUAGGUCAAAUAGGAUAAAUUCUUCUAGCAAUGCCUAGCAAAGAGACCUUGAUAUUAGGCCAAUAGUAUGUUGGAAUGCAGGGACUAGAAAAGAAUAAAUCUAGCCUACUCUUGAUAUUAAAUGUGGUUAUCAGUAUAGUAUCUUAAAUCAACUUCAAAGUUGUUGUAGAGCCAGGUGAGUGAUACAGGCCUAUUAGGCCUCUUGUUUAUCAUAUAUUGUUUUUUUUCCAAUAUUUUUUGAGAAUUGAUUUACAGACAAUAUGUUAAUAUAAGUUUUGAGAGAUAUUUUUGUUGAUAUGUAUGUUUAGGUCAUCUGAUCCUAAUGGUUAUGAUGACCUAAAGGCCAUCAUCGUAAGCAAUGCUUUUACUUGUUCUUCAAACUUUCUACUCCUCUUUAAAGGAUUUAGGCCACGAUAUUUUUUUAGUAGUUAUAGAUUUAUUUCUUCUUUGUCCAAAAGUAAGAUUGAUUGUCAACAUAAUGCAUUCUGGGCAAAAAUAUAUGGCUGACUUCUCCACUUCAAGCUGUAAAGUACUACAUACGAAAAAAAUCAGGUUUUUAAUUAUGUUUACUAAUUUUCCAAACAUUCAUGAUAUGUCAAGUGCUUUUACAUUAUCAUUACCUAUGUCAGAUGUUUUAUAUUCCGUGGACGGCAUCUUUGUCGACUGUUAGGACUAAUCAAAUGCCUUUGUUUCAUCACAAAAUGGCCUACUUUUAUUGUGAAGAGCUUGAAUUAAUGUAUUCUGCUAUGGAGAACCGUUUGCAGGGCCUACAUUCCAGAGCUUUAUGUUACUGAAACAAUUUGUGUUGUAGACAAAUGUGCUUUUGGACAGUCGACACAUUAGGUGUAGCACAUUUCAAAUUUAGUAAAUGUGAACAGAUUUCGAAAACUUUGGAAUACGAAACAUGUAUCAGUUGAUAAAUGUUACGUAUCUGUAUUGUUAUUAAUGAAGUAAGUGCAAUGUUGAUUAAAAUUCAUCAAUAAACAAUUUUUUAUA